ACAGGUUUUCCAAUUUCUCCGAACCCUAACCGGUGCAACUUCGUUCCCUCUCCUUCUGCUCUCUGCGUCGACGCCUUGCAUUAUUCAGCCGAGAUGAAGUUCAACAUUGCGAAUCCUACCACUGGGUGCCAGAAAAAGCUCGAGAUUGAUGACGAUCAGAAACUUCGAGCUUUUUAUGAUAAAAGGAUAUCACAGGAAGUCAGCGGAGAUGCUCUUGGAGAGGAAUUCAAGGGCUAUGUUUUUAAGAUUAUGGGAGGAUGCGACAAGCAGGGCUUCCCCAUGAAGCAGGGAGUUCUGACUCCUGGACGCGUUCGCUUGCUACUAAGCAGAGGAACCCCUUGUUUCCGUGGAUAUGGCAGGCGCAAUGGAGAGCGAAGGAGGAAAUCUGUUCGCGGCUGUAUUGUGAGCCCUGAUCUCUCUGUUCUUAACCUGGUUAUUGUGAAGAAAGGUGAAAAUGAUCUUCCUGGGCUUACUGACGUCGAGAAACCUAGGAUGAGAGGACCGAAGAGGGCCUCCAAGAUUCGCAAGCUUUUCAAUCUGUCCAAGGAUGACGAUGUCCGCAAGUACGUCAAUACGUACCGACGGACUUUUACCAGAAAGUCAGGAAAGAAGAGCAGCAAAGCACCAAAGAUCCAAAGGCUUGUGACUCCCCUCACGCUGCAGAGGAAGCGUGCUAGGAUUGCUGAGAAGAAGAACAGAAUCGUUAAGGCCAAGUCUGAGGCUGCGGAGUACCAGAAGCUUCUUGCUAGUCGACUCAAGGAGCAGAGAGAACGCAGGAGCGAGAGUUUAGCAAAGCGAAGAUCCAAGCUUUCUGCUGCGUCCAAGCCUUCUGUUGCUGUCCAAGCCUGAUUUUGGUCGAUUAAACUGUCUUGUUUUUUAUUUAUUGAGUACUUAUGUAAUGUUUUUGAUUCGUUUUCUUUUCUGCGUGAUUUCUGAUUUUUUUUUUUGUGGUUUUUGAAUGAUUUUAUUCUGUUAGGAACAUGAUGAUAAGUCAUAUGUAUGGUAUUUUGUUUCAAUAUUUAUUUGGUUUUGGAUGAUUA